AUGAAGUUCUCACUCCUCACCCUCAUCACAAUCAUCAGCGCCGCAUCCGCCAUCAGCGUCGACGCCGGCCUCAUCAAGAGACAAUGCAUCGCCGAAGGAGGUCUCUGCUUCACAAGCACCACAGAAGUUGACAAGCCCUGCUGCGGCGGCCUCAUCUGCAACACCGACCCUGCGCGCAACAACGCCAACGUAUGCGGGAAGAAGCCCGCCGAGAAGAGGGACGUCCCGAAGCCUCUGCCUGUACCGCGAGCCAUGCCUGAGAUUCCCCGCGACGAGCCCAUCUGGGGAUAG